GAUAUGUGUUAUAUCAUUCCUUCCAGUCAAUCGUUCACUAGCAGAUGGUCGAUAGUGUAUUCGUGGUGAAAGAUAAUUGAUUUAAUUGAAACUGUACAUUGAAGGGAAAGGGGAACUUUCUCGCGUUGUGAAACCGGUUUAGCGAGUCCCUAAUUCAUCAUGUCGGAGCCGCGGAAAAACCGCCUCUCCAUAGAUGGAGGGCAGGUGAAAGACGACGAGCACGUCGCAACUUACAAGCCCAUCCCGGAUGCUGAGUCAGAAUUCCGGACGUCAAAAUCCAGCCUCGCCAAGUCGAAGGAGAAGAUAUCCGCCGACGGGGCCGAGGAGAAGCUGCUCCAGAAGGAGGACGAGGCCAAGAUCGUGACCAGGGUGGACAUGGCGGACGCUAAGUACGUCGUGGGCGACCAUAGGAAUGGAGAUGCGAAGAUCGAGCUUGAUGCCAAUAAGAAGGAUUUCUCCGGCCUGACCAAGGAGGAGCUGAUGAAGUAUGCGGAUGACCCGUUCUGGGUGAACCUGCGUUGGUCACUCUUCGUGUUGUUCUGGGCGUCGUGGCUGUGCAUGUUGGCCGGAGCGAUCGUCAUCAUCGUGCAGGCCCCUAAGUGCACGCCACCAGAGCCCAAAAAAUGGUACGAGCAAGGUCCUCUAGUCGAGCUGGGGCCGGCGAGUCCUGAUGAUGUGGAGGCGAUGCUGCCCAGGCUGGAGGAGUACAGUGUCCAGGGUGUGUUCAUGGAGACGCCUGUGUACGAGGUGCUGGACCAGCCGGACAUACUGAAGCCUUUUAAAAACAUGUUCGAGAAGGCCAGGAACGUAGGCAUCAAGGUGGUGGUGGAUCUGCUCCCGAGCUUCGUGUCCCUGAACCACACGUGGUUCCAGCUGAGCGAGAACCGCACCGCGCCCUACACCGACUACUUCGUGUGGGCGCCCAGCAAGGGCUUCGACGACGUCGGCGCACCCAUAGCGCCCAACAACUGGAUAUCGACGAACAACACGCCAGCGUGGUCGUACAGCGAGAAGCGGCGCGAGAUGUACCUGCACCAGUACGACGAGCAGCGGCCGGACCUCAACUUCCUGAACAAGGACGUGGCGGACCACCUGGACAAGGUCAUCAGCGCGUGGAUCACGAGCGGCGCCGCCGGAGUCAGGUUACUCAAAGCGCGCCAUCUAAUCGUGAACGUGUCCGCCGAGGCCGUGCCGAACUCCGGCCGUGGGAGCGACCCCGGGGUCGACCACACGCACCGCGCCUUUUGGCGACACUCGCCCGACCCGCGUCUCACACAACUGCUGGGACACUUCGCCGCGCAGGUCAAGGCCAUCAGCGAACCUGAUGCUGUGUUCACGGUGAAGGAGGAGUCGGAGCCGGAGCUGGAGCUGUUCAUGUCGCUGCACAACAUGUCGUCGCUGCGGCCGCCCAGCGCGGCGCCGCUGCACGUCUCCACACACCUCGACCAGCUCGUCUCCACCAUCAACGCGCGUCUACCUUCCUGGCCGGCGAUUAAGCUGGUCGCGAAUGAGACAGACGAGGAGCUCGCGGCGUUCUCGCUGCUGCUGCCCGCCGCGCCCGUGCUGGAGCCGCAGCAGCUCAGCGACCACGGCAACGAGACCAAGACCAGCUCGUGGCUGUCGCACGUGGUGCCGCUGCGCUGGGACGUGACGGUGGAGCACGGCGCCUACAGCGUGGCCGCCGCGCCGCCGCGCAACCGCACACACAACCAGCUGCUCGUCUGCGCCAGGUGGAAGGCGGGUCACACGGGGUACGUGGCGGUGUACAACCCCGGCGCGGAGGAGCUGCGCGGCAACCUCUCCGCCGUGCCGUCGCUGCCCGACUCCCUCACCGUGCACCACGUGUCGCACCGCGUGCGGCUCUACACCAAUUUCACAUCCAACCACGCCAUGGCGGCGGACGACGUGUUGGUCCCUCCGCGGUCCACGCUGGUGCUCUCCUACGUGCCCAAGACAAGCGCGGAGCAGUGAACGGACACGCUGACCCGCCGAGUACACGAGGCGGAAUAUUAUGCAUUUAUUGGACCGUUCUAAUAUAAUAGCUGACAUAUUAA